AUAGCAUAUCUCCAACAGCAUGCUUCCAGUCGGCCAUGCCCUGCCUAUGCUCGUGAUCCAUGUGCACCUCGACGACCCGAUCCUUGCCUAGAUGUAAUUUCUCUACAGACCAUUUUUGCCUUGUGGAUCUGCCUGCAUUCUUUGGAAAGUCGCUCUGGUUACGCUGUAGCAUUGCCAUCCUACGAAUCUGAUAACAUUAAUGUGCCUCAGCAAGAAAGCGAAAAGCCGUUUAGGCCUGUGCAACCACCAUCAUCACCCAGAACGACUGAAGAAAGGUCGAUGGCUUCAUGGUCCCCUUGGUCACCAGAAACUCCAUGUUCAGUAACAUGUGGGAAUGGCGUUGUUAUGAAAAAGCGAUUCUGCUCUGUUGAAGGACAGUGUGAAUCAAUAAAGGAAGAAAGUUGUAAUACUGGACCUUGCCCAGAAUGGACAAUGUGGUCAAAGUGGACUGAAUGUUCACGGACUUGUGGUGGUGGUGAGCAGUCUCGAGAGCGUGUAUGCUCGAUGAACCAGAAAUGUGAUGGACCUUCAAAAGUUGGCUUUUAUUAAUU